UGAAAUCUGCGUUCUACCGAAACAGGUCGCUAAAAAUACGAUGCCUUGUCGGUUUCACGAUUUUGCCAAUCGAUUGAUGCCUUGUGCAGCAACUCAAUCACAGCUUGGCAUGACAGACGCGAUCGAGUUGGUCGACGAAAGUGACUCGGGGGGCGAAGACAAUGGCGAACCCCAGAACAUCAUUGUGGCUUCGAGGACAGCAGAAAACAACAACACCCCCCUUGUCCUCGUUCCCUCCAACAUCACUGGCAACGCCAUGCCUGUCGUGUAUAUGCCGUAUCCGUUAUACCUCAAUUUGACCCGACUCCCCCCGGCAGAGACGACUGUGGAGCCAUGGCGGGGCGACCAAUUGAUUCGGUAUCAUGGUACACGACGGUACCUGUACAAUGCGGUGAAGAAUGCGUUGAAAGCUGCCCAAGUUGUCAAGACAUCCAAGCGCAAUUGGAACUUGUUCUGGGGUCGGCACUUGGACGUAACCCAAUACGCUGCGCUAGUUCCCGGUCAAAAGGUGAAUCACUUCCCAGGCAGCUUGGAACUAGGUCGAAAAGACAAGCUGUGCACCAACAUCCUUCGCAUGCAGCGCAAGUUUACCGGGGCGUUCUACCAGAUCAUCCCCGAGACGUUUGUGACGGGGGCGAAGGAAUGCAAGCCGUUCAUGGCCGCCCUCGCUUCUUCCUCCAAAGCCCUUUGGAUCCUCAAGCCACCAAACCAGUGCUGUGGUCGCGGAAUUAAAAUCAUAUCGGGCGGGUCAGAUUACACGUACGAGCCGGACAAACGAUAUGUGGCCCAGCGCUACAUCAUGAGCCCAUACUUGAUCAAUGGGUUCAAGUUUGACAUGCGGCUCUAUGUACUGGUGACGUCGUUCGACCCGCUACGUGUGUACUUGUUUGACAAUGGCCUUGUUCGCUUCUGCACCCACAAAUACUCGACGUCGACAAAGGACGUGGCCAACCGCUUCGGUCACUUGACUAACUACAGUGUAAAUAAAAAGAACAAGGCCGCGUUUCAAUCCAACCAGGACGCAGCCGCCGACGGCGAAGGCAGCAAGUGGAGCUACCAAGCGUUGCAAGCGUACUUUGAAACGCAAGGCCUCGACCCUACCGCCAUCCACCUCGACAUUGCUGCCUUGAUCGUCAAGACUCUCGUGUGCGUGGAGAGUCCUCUCGUAGCUUCGCUCAACAAGCAAGCCAAACACGUGAAUGCUUGCUUUGAACUGUUUGGGUUCGACGUGCUAUUGGACGCCAACCUGCGCCCGUGGCUGCUCGAAGUGAACGUGUUUCCGUCUAUGAGUAGCUCGUCCCCUAUGGACAAGCGCAUCAAGUCCAUCCUCGUCUGCGAUACGUUUCAGCUCGUGGGCGUGGCGGCGGUAGACAUGGGAGCUGGGGACUUGAAGAAAUCAACCCCCAAACCCCGCCGGUCCGUGAAACCAAACCGCCAAGACUCGACAGAAUCAUCAGUCACCGCCGAGGACAUCGAAACGCAGUGGAUCCAAGCGUUGGAGGACGAAGCCAGCCGCCUUGGCCACUUUGAGCGCAUAUUUCCGACGCCAGACACGAUCAAGUUCCUCGACUUUUUUGAAAUACCACGGCCGGGCAACCUCGUGUACGCAAAACACCUGCAAAUGAAAACAACUACUCCAAACCAACUAGACGGCGGACGACCGUCCAAGGGGAUGCCCAACGCAGCUGUAUCUGCUAAACCAACGACGCGGCAAAGGAGCUUUAGCCGCAAAUUUAGCCACGCCAAGACGGCUAGUUUAAGCUACAACGAGUAAUAACUACAGUAACUGUACUACUACAAACGAAGUAGCUUCGAUGUGCUACUUCGUACUACACGAGGGUUAGCUACACUAAUUCAAAUGGACUUUUAAAGACGC